AAACAAAGAGAGUUUUUAAAGUCACAAGAGGCUAGACUAAAGCGCAUGGUUGUGGUGGUUGCGCUGUGAAACAACAUCGGCAUGGGCAUGCUACAAGGGCCUGAAGUCAGGGGUGGUUGUACAUCUACAGUAGCUAGAGUUCUACAACGUUGCUGACUUCGUCAAUGCCAUGAGUGGCGGAGCAUCAUCAGGCUCCCAACAAGCUGGCAAGUACUGCAUUACGGCUCGUACAUCAACCAGAGUACCGGAAUAAAGUUUCCUUGACGCACACUAAAACCAUGAGGCACAUGAAUUGUAAAUGCUUACUACACCUGAUAUCCUGCCUUUAAUGCUAUAUAUCAAGCUUAAUACUCUUUCUAUACCUAUACAACCAUCAUCUGGAAACAUUACAUAUGGGGUCUAGAUGGAAGAGUUAGGGAGUAAUGGUUGGAAAGAGCCGGUAAAUUUUACAUUAAUUUUACAUUUGAAACCACAACAAGAAAAGCGCCGACAAUGGCGAAACGAAUCUGUCGAACGACGCUCCGACGCCAUGGCGAAACGUACAGUCGUUUGAUCGACACCAGAGGUCAGCUACGGCUAAAGAGGCCGUCGCACCAUGGUCACUUUACAUUUCGACCGAGCCAGUGUGUGUCAAGCCUAUUUAAUUCUGCCAGUACCGGACCCUGAGCGUACAAUUUGUUGAAGAUGCCUGCGCGCGGGAACACCAAGGUCAUCAUCGAAGAUCACAUCGCUCCUUCCGUUCAUCCGAGUUGCCCUCAACCGACAGAAGACACAGCCAUUAGAUCCCAAAGCUUUCACAUAAGUUGCACAUAAGUUACUUUUCACAACACGAAAAUCAAGUAUGCAUACAGCCGACGAGAAAGUGGGCAUCAGUAUGACGGCAACUUACAGAGACAAAAUUGAUGCUCUUUACGAUGAGCUUCACGCCCAUGUUCUGAGAGAAAAGAGCAAGGAGCGAAACCUUGCCAGCGUCAGGCAGCAUUACGUUCAUGUGGAAGAGCGGCUCAGUCAUGGCAUGACACUGGUCAAAAGAUCCGUUGAACAAUCUCCUCGAGUCACUCUGUUUCUGGUACUGUCCUUGACGUUCUUGAUUCAAUGGACAUGGUCGCCUUUCGCACAGCGGGAUCGGCAUAUGAUUCGCCACGCAAUGAUAAAAGGGGAUUACAGUCGACUCGACGUUUCCUACAACUUUCGUAUCGAUGAAAUGGAGCCACAGCACUGGUGCUUGUUUGGGACUGACCAGCAAUGUCCCUGUGAAGAUCCCACUCACGGAGAGGACCGAGCCGAGUACAAAGCCUGGACCGGACCGCAUCACCGAAACGUCAACAAGCUAAAAGAGGCCACGGAACGCAAAGAGGAAGUCGAUGUUGUCUUUAUAGGAGAUGAAACUGUGCAAAGCUGGGAGGGAAUGUGGUUCAAUCACCGCUGCCCGCAAUCACAGGAAAUUGUGGGGCAUUGGAACAGAACCUUUGGUGCUGUCAAUUCACCGGACAGCAUCAAAGGAAUGCAUCUGGGAAUCAGUGGAGAUCGGAUCACACAUGUGCUUUGGAGACUGCAACAUGGUGAAAUGCCCACGGAAGCUCUGAAUGCCAAGGUGAUUUGGUUGAUUCUUGGAAGCCGAGAUUUGGCAGUCAGAUUGUGCUCCGAAGAAGUUGUGACGUUGGGGAUCCUUCGCAUUGCCGAAGAGAUUAAACACUUCAAUCCACAGGCAACAGUGGUUGUCCAAUCCAUUCUUCCACGGACCCUUCACGAUGAUGGAUCUCUGGAGUCACCCCAUGCCCGGCCACUCAAACACGACAACUUGGUGAGCGACUCUGAUCAUACUAGGAAAGGCAACAAGAAAGGGCAGUCAGUCAAGAUCAAUACGGAAUACGGGGAACUUGACGAGGGUCUCGAAGCCUUGGAAGAAGACGAAGAACGACAAAUGCAUCAGGCAGAACCCAAGUACGACUACUACCUGUGGCCGUCAAUCCAGAAUAUCAAUCGCGAGGUGGAAGACUUCUGCAAUUCUCAUGAUGGAUAUGAGUUCUUUGAUGCUGCUCCUCUCUUUUUGACCAGUCGAGGAAACGAUCGGAACCACAUGUUCAUCCAGCGAGAGCUUUUGCGACAGUACGCUCAACUUUCCCACGAAGGUCAUGGCGUCUUGUUGGAUGCCAUUCAGAGACGAAUGGAACAAAUCCUCAAGCGCAUGGAGAGCUAAGCUGCACGAGCGCGCACGACGAUGGAGCCAAUCAAAGAUUGACAAAGAGUUGAAGUCAUGUAUGGUAGUUUUCCUAUUUGGUUAUUUGUAUAGUUAGUAUGCCAUACUCUAGCUAGAAUCACAUUGCUGUUGA